AUGCUACUGUAUGAACCAGGUGGUCACUUUUCCAAGCACCGUGGCACUGAAAAGGAGCCUGGUAUGUUUGCCACAAUGGUGAUCCAAUUACCAUCCAAACACACUGGCGGUUGUCUACAAAUUCAUCACAAUGGUGCCAAACGCCAGUAUGAUUGGAGUGGUGCCAAGAGUGACAAUGGAUUCUUUGCAACAGCAUUUUUUGCGGACUGCGAACAUGAAUUAUUGCCAGUGACCAGUGGAUAUCGACUAUGUCUCGUGUACAAUUUGAAUUUGGACCCAGUCCAAGGGUAUUUGUUGGACCACAAGUACACCAAGAAGAAUCUUCAUUUUCGCAAUUUGAAGGGAAGAGACCUCGAAAUAGCUUCUCUAUUGAGGAACGCAAUCGACGAGCAUGGGAACAAACUGUUUGUGGUUUGUUUGCUGCUUCUCGAAAAGCAUGAGUUUUGUGACGCUGAAUGUGGGUACCGCGGAUAUGGUUACGAUGAGGAUGAUGGACCCUACACAAUGCAGGAAGUUGUGGAUUCGUCUGUUUCUGCCGAUCACUGGAUUGGUCCCGAUGAUACCAAGUUGAGUCAAUUUACUCUACCGUUCGACGAAGAAGAGAAUCUGUUGGUAGACGAUCCUGAGGAUGGUGUCUUUGAAGAAGACCCCGACGAUGAAGAAUACGAAGCUUACACUGGAAAUGCUGGCCCUACGUUGGAGUAUUGGUAUAGGAAGAGUGCUGCAGUAUUUUGGCCACGGACGAAACAGUUGGAGAUUGCAAAACGAGCUGGAAGAUCAUUCCUUGAGUCCUACUUGGAAGCUUCUACAGUUGAAUCGGAUGUUCAAGCACAUGCCAAGCAACUGGUGUCCCUGCUGGAGGAAAAGCGAAGUGAACGACUUACGGGCAAAGCUAUCCGUGCAAUUGCCAGAUCCAAAGAUGAUGCUUUGAUCAUUCGACUAUUAGAUCGUGUUCAGCCGCAAAUCCCAAGAGAUGAUGUUGCGCUUGCAAUUGUCGAGGCGUUGCAAGUUUGUUCCUCGGAGUGUCUCAAGCAAUCUUUUUUCACAAUGCUUUGUCGUGUGAGCAACAUGGAACAGCCGUCGAAGCAGAAACUUGCCGCUGAGGAAUUGAAACAUGGAUCAGCCUUUGUUCGUUUAUUGCAAUCCCGUCGUGGACUCAAGGACUAUGCGGCGCGAGCCAAAGAAGCGAUUUUCGCGAGUGUCAUUGAACACUUGGAUUCCACUGUGCGAGCAUCAUCGAGCAACAACAUUGGGCAGCUGACUGGGCAAUUCAUUGAUGAACUAGCCCUAUUCAAACAAAUAGUGGAUAUUGUUGUGACCGUACCAACCUUUGUUGGCCCAACUUUGAAACAUGUGAUGACAUUGGUACCAGACGCGACUUGCAACGAAUAUAUAGUCCAAUUAGCCAAAGUGCGAGCUCAACAACUCGUCAGUGCGACGCGUGAUGGGGAACCCCAUUUCACUUAG